UUAUGGAACACAUCAUGUGGAAUAUUGUGUUCAUAAUUUUCUCCGCAACACUUGCUACUUUUGCCAAUGGCAUUUUAAUAUGUAUACCAUAUCCUCCAUUGUUCCCGCCAUUGCCUUCUCCACUUCCAAUAUUUUGCCCUUCUCCCCCAAGCCCUCCACCACCGCCAUCUUCACCUACACGAUCUCCUCCACCUCCGCGUUCCCCACCGCCAUAUUCACCUUCUCUACCUCAACCCUUGCGUUCCCCACCACCACCUUCAUCUCCUCCGCCUCCGCCACCCAAUUCCCUACCACCACCUUCGCCUUCUCCGCCUCCACCUUCACUUUCUUCACCACCACAUUCACCUCCUCCUCCGAGUUCACCACCAACACCACCUUCAUCUUCUUUGCCUCCGCCACCACCUCCACCUUCACUUUCUCCCCCAACCCCUCUAAGUUCACCACCACCACCUUCACCUCCUCCUCUGAGUUCCCCACCACCACUAUCACCUUCUCCGCCUCCACCUUUAAAUUUCCCCCCACCACAUUCACCUCCUCCUCCGAGUUCACCACCAACUCCAACUUCAUCUUCUUUGCCUCCACCACCACCUCAACCUUCACUUUCUCCCCCAACCCCUCUAAGUUCACCACCACCACCUUCUUCACCUCCUCCUCCGAGUUCCCCACCACCACUAUCAUCUUUUCCGCCUCUGCCUCCAUCUUCAAAUUCCCCAACACCACCUUCACCUUCUUCAUCAUUGCUUCCGCCUCCACCUCCAAUUUCUCUACAACCACCUUCAUCUCCUCCACCCCUCUCCCUAUUUUCACCACCACCACCACCACCACCUUCUUCGCCACUGCCUCCACUCAUACGUCCCCCGCCACCACCUUGAAAUUGCUCUACGAAAUAACCACCACCCCUUCAGUUUACCCCCACUACCUUCACUUCCAGUCUCUUCUCCACCACCACCACCAUUUUAAUUUUUAUAAAAAUCCAUUUUCGUUUUCUUAAUCACCUUUCUCCCAUAUAUACAUCCAUAUAAAUAAAAUAUGUAAUAAAUUCCUUUAAAGGAGUUUAUCUUUUAAAUAUGAAGUUUCUUUUUAGAUGAUUCAACAUGCACUUGAAACUACAUAGUUUAAUCUACUUGCACAAAUAGAUAUGAUCACAUUCAAAAUCUAACUUCUUGAAUGUUUUACAUUGCAGGGUUCUUGUUAGUGAAAAUGGUAGUGGCUAACAAUACGUAAUUGUAUUUUACCUUCUAUUGUAAUAAUAAAUAUUGAUAAACAUAUAUAUGUCUGAAUUGUCAAGGUAUAAUCAAAGUUGGUUACAUUUACUUGAAUAUUAUAGUACGAUGUAGUAUGAUUUAUGCUUUAUGAUUUAUGAUCCAUUGAUGCGAGCCUUUUAUGUGGCAUGCUCUGAUACCA